AUGUUCCAAACGGUGUAUAAAGUGCGGACCAAAUGCCAGAACUGUGGCAUAGUUUCUUAUUCUCCAAAGAGCAUCGACUACGUUUUGCGCACUUCUCCGCCCGAGACCGGCUCAUUAACACUCCAUGAAGCCAUUGAGAGGACCUUUACUGAACACACUUCAGAUUAUCAUUGCAUUGAUUGCAGACAUACCGGGCCAGCAGUCCGUCGUACAGUCAUUAGGGAUGCGCCUGAAAUUCUCGUCAUUCGGGUUAACCGCCACCGCUCUGGGGGAGGCAAGCUAGUAAAUAAGAUACGAUACAAUGAGAAAUUUGACUUGACCGGCGCUCUUGAACCGUAUGCGAGAGAUAAGGAUAAGGAGCUCUUGAAAUAUGAGCUCUACAGCACGAUUUUCCAUGAAGGAAAUGACGUCCACGGCGGUCAUUACUACGCACAUGUGAGAACCCCCGAUGAUAGAUGGGUAUAUGUGAACGACGAGGAUAUCGGAGAGUCUUCUGCGAGCGACGCUCUCGGGGAUAACACGGAGGGGCACUCUGCCUCAAGUGUGCCAUAUGUUUUGAUCUAUAUCCGAAAACCUUUCAACUGUCCGGACCCUGUAUCCAAGUUGACAACUGACGACAGUUUAUUCCACGAAACUUUAGCGACUAUCGACGAAUCAGCGAUAAAGCAUAUCGAGCAGACGGACCGACCGUCAGGUCAAGACGUGCAAAAUCCUGCAAGUCCGAAUGACAACAGAUCUGAGGCAGAUUUAAAGGCGAGUUUUGAGUUCCCAAACCCGGGAGAGGAUUCAGAUAUCGAGGUUGGAAACUCGCCUCCAAUUCGUUCUGGCAUGCCCGCGCCUGUUGCGACAAAGUGGGAGGGCCAACCGGCAGAGAUCACAGUCAAGGUAACUAUGGGCGAAAUGGUUUUGACGGGAGUAUUAAGGGGUAUAUUAAAAAGAAGCCGCAGGCAAGUCUCUUCUCCUCGCAGAGGUUCGCUUCCGCCGGAAAGGCCACAAGGCGUGACAAAGAGACACAGGUUAUCGAAGCAAACCACCAGGAACGCGCAGACAGCGGAGGAUGCAUCCGGCGAUACAACCCCAAAGGCCACUACUCAAACAUCUGCAGCAGAGGCUGUCUUCCUAACAUCAGUCAUCCGUGAACUUUCAAGCAUUGUUCUGGAGCCAGUAUCAACAUCUCCUAGCCCUGGUGUCCUACGUGCUCCUCAUAAUUCGGACUCAGUUCACAACCCACUCUCGUCCCUAUCUCCCGAAACACUAGCAAAAGUCGAGCCUAUCCUUUUGACACUUCAUUGCCUCUUCCCUAAUGAAUUCCUCUUAGCCUUGGAUCUCCUAGACCGGAAACUCAUCAGAAAAUACCUUCGCACAAACACUUCUACUGCACAAGAUACCACACACGGAACGUACUUUGUGCUCUCUUCGUCGACAAGAAUAGAGAAACAACCAACUAGAAGCUCAAGUCAGGCACCCCGCUCCCCACCAGGUGCUAGCCAGCAGCAUUCAGGAAUCGACCUACCGGAAAGGUAUUACGAAAUCCACCUCCAUUCAUGGAAUUGCACUUGUCCCGCUUUUGCAGUGGCGUCAUUCUCGUCUCUGAGCCAGGAUACACCAGAGCUGGAGUCUAGUGAUCUCAAGGAAGCGGACGGUCAUAUCACGCAGGACUGGCGAUUCGGUGGCUUACUUGCACGGGGAAUAACGGGCGGUGGGAGCGGAGAUCGAUGCUCAUCUAGCCCGGCGAUAUGUAAGCAUUUGCUUGCUUGUGCUCUCGCAUCCCAGUGCCCGGACCUAUUUGCGCAUGGAGUCGAACAAAUUGCCGUGAAUGAAGCGGAAAUGGCAGCCCUGUAUGCCGGAUGA